GGACGUAAACAGAGCGGCAGCAGAGCAGAGCUAACCGUCGGACACGGAGCAGCUCCGGCUUCAUCUUAUAAAAAGGCUCUCCGGCUCUUUAGCUCACAAAAACAUCUCUUUCCGACUUCAGCUACAGUGUUAGCUAAGUUUGGAGAGGAGACUUCAGGAGGAAGACGUGUGUCUCGUGUGUUUUUUUUUUUUCCUUCUGUGUAUCGAUGUGAUGCAGCAGUAGGUCGACCUGCUUUAACGGCUAUCACAAAAGAGGAGACAGCAAAAACAGACAUUCACUCGGUUGUUUGGUUUUUUGAUUUUACACUCGGACAAGCUUUAAGAUGGAUACCUCUUCACCCAAGAAGACCUGCUGGGAAUCCAUCACUGACUUCUUCACCUCAGCUAAAUUCCUGAUCUACAUGGGCCAUGCUCUGUCAACAUGGGGUGACAGGAUGUGGAACUUCGCCGUGGCUGUGUUCCUGGUGGAGCUGUAUGGGAACAGCCUGCUGCUCACGGCCGUCUACGGGCUGGUGGUGGCCGGGUCCGUGCUGCUGCUGGGGGCCAUCAUUGGGGACUGGGUGGACAGGAAUCCCAGACUUAAAGUGGCCCAGACCUCGCUGCUCGUCCAGAACAGUUGCGUCAUCCUGUGCGGGAUCCUCCUGAUGGUUGUUUUCCAGUUCAAAGAACAGCUUGUGGAGCUGUACAAUGGAUGGAUUCUGACGACCUGCUACAUCCUGGUGAUAACCAUCGCUAACAUUGCCAACCUGGCGAGCACGGCGACCUCCAUCACCAUCCAGAGGGACUGGGUGGUGGUGGUGGCGGGUCAGGACAGCAGCAGGUUGGCAGACAUGAAUGCCACGGUGCGGAUUAUUGAUCAGCUCACUAACAUCCUGGCUCCCAUGCUGGUGGGUCAGAUUAUGGCCUUCGGCUCCCAUUUCAUUGGCUGCGGCUUCAUCUCCGGCUGGAAUCUGUGCUCCAUGUGUCUGGAGUACGCUCUGCUGUGGAAGGUCUACCAGAAGACGCCGGCGCUGGCCACGAAAUCCGGUCAGAAGGAGCCGCAGCAGGAGCUCAAACAGCUCGGCCCACAGAAAGACGUGGAGGACGGUCAGAGUCCUGAGGAGUCGUCUCAGCCGCUCAUGAACGAAGCGACAGUCGCCACCAAACCCGACUCUCCAAAGCAGCGCGGCUGCUGCUACCAGGCGACCGAACCUCUGCGCACCCUGAAGGCCGGCUGGGUGGCCUACUACAACCAGAACAUCUUCUUCGCCGGCAUGUCCCUGGCUUUCCUCUACAUGACGGUGCUGGGCUUCGACUGCAUCACCACGGGCUACGCCUACACGCAGGGCCUCAACGGCUCCGUCCUUAGCCUGCUGAUGGGGGCCUCGGCCGUGUCGGGAAUCUGCGGCACCGUCGCCUUCACUUGGGUCCGCAAGAAGUGCGGCCUGAUCCGCACCGGCUUCAUCUCAGGCAUGGCCCAGCUGGCUUGUCUCAUGCUGUGCGUCGUCUCCGUCUUUGCUCCCGGGAGCCCCUUCGACCUCAGCGUCUCGCCCUUCCAGGACCUGUACACACAUCUGAUCGGAGAGAAGGCGCUGCCCGAGGCCGAACACAGCCUCACCGGCGUUCUCAUUGGUGUGAACGCCACUACUACUGCUGCACCGGCUGAAGAGAUGCCCCCUCUGCAGUCCUACAUGUCUGUUAGUCUGCUGUUUGCUGGCGUCAUUGCUGCUAGAGUUGGUCUGUGGUCCUUUGACCUGACAGUGACCCAGCUCAUCCAGGAGAAUGUGAUCGAGUCGGAGCGUGGUGUGAUCAACGGCGUCCAGAACUCCAUGAAUUACCUCUUAGACCUGCUGCACUUCAUCAUGGUGAUUCUGGCCCCGAACCCGGAGGCUUUCGGCCUGCUGGUCAUCAUCUCCGUCUCCUUCGUGGCCAUGGGUCACAUCAUGUACUUUGGCUUCGCCUUCAAGAGCCUGGGAAGCCGCCUCUUCCUCUGCUGCUCGCCGGAGCAGAAGGUGGAGACGGUGGACAGCCCCUCACUUCCUACCACCGUCUAACCCGGUUAAAGAGACUCUGUCCUGGGUACAUACUGCUCACGCCUUACCCUACGCCUGCGGCUUAUUCAUCUAACAUGCAGAAUGCUAAUGCUAACACAAACCAGAGGAAGGUAACUUAACUCGCUAUGCAUAGCCAUUAACAAAGCAUUACUCAUUAGCAGAAUAAAGCUAACAGUCACAGAAAACUAACAGUUUUAGAUGAGGCAGGUUUUCUCCCCUCGGUCUGGGAGUCAGAUGAGAGCCUCGGCGUCUUAUCUGUGAGUCCACGCUCUUUGAAACACACAUGUACUGUUAAAGAAAUCAGGGGAAAAGGCACUGUAAAAUAUUCUCCUCCCAACAGCCUGGAUCUAGCUGUAACGAUGUUUCAAAGGUGCUUCAGCUAACUUAAAGGCAAAAAACGAGGGAGAAACCUCACAGGGAAGCAGGAACUGAGGCUCGGAUUCAGGUGGGGCGGCUGUCGGCUGAGACGCCAGAGGGGCUUUUCCGUACACAAGUCGGUCUCACUCAGCACGUCGGACCAGCGCGGCAGGGAUUUGUAUUUCCAUCACAGCAGAAUUUCCUGCUUUAAGGUGCAUCUUUAACUGAUGCACUCUUGUGUUAGAGGAGUGGCUCUAAAUCCUCCUUCUCUCGGCAGGUUAUCGAAGAAUCAGCGCUAACAAAGCUCCGCUACUUCGGUGAUAAACCAGUUUAAAAUCCAGCAAAUUCUUCACAAUAAAAGUCCCUCAUUUAGUUGCUGGAAAGCUUUUAUUGUGAAGCCAAAUCGGGAACUAAACACGCUGAAACAGUCAAAUACAGCGGAAGGUACAAACGAGUACUGUUUGUUUGAGGAGGGGAAAGUGGACGUCGGGUUGGUGCUUCAACCUUUUAAUGGAAACGCAAAUCAGCGCAGCACAGUUUGACCAAAAGUGUCGACGGAAAAGCUCCAGAAAAGACAGAACGCCCCCCUUUUUUUCCUGACACUCACCUCUCAGUGACUCCAUUGGUGCUGUAGCUGUGUCUGUCCUCUGAUAGCCUCCUCUGUCAGCUCACAGGAUUAUAUCUAACCAAACACAAACUGGGAUCUAGUCUCUUUAUAAGGGUUAUGCAAUUAACUGUAUUUAUUCAGGAACUGCAGACGGUUGGUUUUUUUGUUAUAACUGUUUCGUCAGUAUUGUGUGGUCGUGCCAGAAGACAGAAAUCCUAUGCACCCUCGUCAAUAACGCUCUCAGUUACCAAAGUGGCAUAAAGGAAGUGAGGGAAACCAAACAUUCCAAAUAUAUAUAUUUUUACAUCAGGUGACAGUAGACGUGUAGGUUCACUAACGCUUUCAUACACCCGAGUUUAUCUGAACCUUUCUAACCCGCUCUGAGAUUGUACUUUAUUUUCUGCUAGUUUACAUGAAUAGUGUUAUUUUGUCACCUUUUUUUUUCAUCUCUAUGUUCCUUUUGAGUAAUUUUUUCAAUCGUGAUUGUUGUUACACAGGCACUUUAAGUGAUUGACGUCUGUCAUUAACGCGUGAUCAGGCAUUUGAUCAAUAUUUUUGCACAAGGCUGAAGUCCUGACCCCCCUUAUUGGAUCACUAAUCGGCUCCUCGUCUGCUCUGGGGAGAUUGUGGUUUUAAAGACAAAGAGGCACAUAUUUUACCACUCAGCAUGUUCAUGUUCAGGAGGAAAAACUGUACCAGUGAAGAAAUCCAAAUACACCCAGACUUCACCCACAAUGACCCCCUCGUUCCUCAAGAGUCAGCCACUCAGCAGAUUUUAUCUGAUCUCAGUUUACGCUUCAGACUGCCAACAGGAUCUGUGAUCGUGUUUUUACUGCUGUAAGCUUCAGCAGAAGGUUUACAGCUUUACAGGACCGGUCCACAAAAUGUAUUUCACAAGUGUCUCAUGAGAGGGAAAAAACUCUAACUUCAGACACCAGGCAAUUCAAAGUGCUUUACAGAGAUACAGAACUACAUUAAAAGUAAGACAAAGACCCUUCGCCCAACAGCCAACCAUCUAAAUACGCCUAAUUAUUUUUCCCUGAGAAGUUAAUGAAAAUGUGGAGAAACUUAUUAUCUCACAAUGUUAAAGAAAGUAAGAAAAAGAAUUCCUGGAUCCGUCCCGUUAUCGCGCCAAAAGUUAAAGGGGUCUGUUCUGGACUGAGACACAUCCGCCAUCCAAGUUUUAAUUUCCUCGGCAGAGAUAAUUACAGGAUUAAUGUCGAUUUCAGAGAAUAUCUAUACGUAAUGUUUGCUAACGUUAGCCACCAUAAGCUACCGGUCAUACCAGACCCAGUCAGGCUGUAGCAGCUAAACCCCCCCGAGUGCAUUGAACUGAGUUUUAUGACUUCAGCUUCUCAUUUUUAAGAGGAAUCAUUCAGUUAUUUUCAUAUUUCAGAAAUUACACAAUCUCGCCUUCAAGAUCAAACCCAAAUAAAGUCGUUAACGUAGCUACAACUAGCUCCUGUCCACCUCUGACCUUCAGUGAUUUCUCUCGCCUUACUGUAAAUUAGCCUUGACAGCUGUUGAACGCACACAUGUACCGGCUGCAUCCAGCCGGUAACCAGCCGCACCGCGCCCACGACAAAAUCUAGCCGGUCUAGCCAAGUUUUUGGUAACGGGGUAGAAGAAAUAUUUAGGUUGGAAACAGAAGUCGCCACAGCAGAUGUCGGAGAACAGAGGGCCACUUUCUUAGCUGCACAUUCCCGUGAAAUCUGGUGUUGGAGGCAGGAUGUCUGCAGGUGUGCAGAGCUGCAGACUCGGAGGGAACGGAGCUUAAUUUUCAUGUUUUCACGAGCUUCACCGCAGCAGCUCGUUGAAACAGCCCGUCUGCUGAUUCAGGAAUCUCACACAUGGCCAUAACUCUAUUUUUACUGUACAUAACAUUAGCUGUCAGUCGAUAUAUAAACUUACAUACAUAUAUAAUUUGAAAAAAAAUGCAACAAAAAAAGAUUGUGUAUACUGUUGCUAUGCUGUUUUUUUUUUGUUUUUGUUUUUUUUACGUUUUUGAAUACCUAGUGUUAACAUUUUGUGUCAAAUUCAUGAAAGAUUUUUUAGAUUUGUGUAUAAAGUUCAAUCACUGCAUUUCAUCUGUAUCAUACUGCUUGAAUCUGACAUAUAUCUCUCUGUAUAUACAGUAUAUAUAUCAGUGUUUUUUAUAUAUAUAUAUCUAUAUAUAUAUAUAUAUAUAAAUAUAUAUAUAUAGUUGUAGCUGAAUAGGGAAAAAAGCAUUAAAUCAUUAAGAAAUCA